GCUAACAGAUCUCAGAAGCAAGAUGGACAGUAUUGACCUCCUCAUCAUGCUAACCUCAGCCGUCUGUCACGAUCUAGAUCACACCGGCUACAACAAUGCAUACCAGAUUAAUGCACGCACUGAGCUCGCCUUGAGGUACAAUGACAUCUCCCCACUGGAAAAUCACCACUGCGCUGUAGCUUUUGAAAUCUUGGAAAAGACUGAAAGCAACAUUUUCCGAAACUUGUCGCCAGAGCAAUUCAAAAGAAUAAGAGAGGGCAUAAUUAAGUGUAUUCUUGCCACUGAUAUGACCAGACAUACUGAGAUCCUCAACAAGUUCAAAGCCAUUCUCCCUGUGUUUGACUUCAGCAACAAAGAUCACAGAGAUGUGUUGAUGAUGAUCAUGAUUAAAGUAAGUGACAUCUCCAAUGAGGCGAGACCCAUGGAUGUGGCAGAACCGUGGCUGGACUGUCUGCUGCAGGAGUUCUUUAAUCAGAGUGACAUGGAGAAGUUGGAGGGUCUUCCUGUCACUCCGUUCAUGGAUCGAGACAAAGUGACUAAACCGUCUUCUCAGACUGGAUUCAUUCGAUUCGUUCUCUUUCCUCUCUUCAUUGAACUGGCCAAUCUGUUCCCCUGUCUGGAGCAACACAUCAUUGACCCUGUGCAGAAAGCCCUGGAUUAUUACACAGAGAUGGAGAAAGCUCUGGAGAGGGAGAAACAGAACUGGGCCCAGAGUGAGAAGAUGGUCAAGCCCAGCAACUUAAAAGAGCCAGAAGCUCAUCCAGAACCUGGUGGGAUGACAAAACCAGUCAACUUAUAAUCUAACCUCACACUGUUAAA